GCCCAUCGGAGCGAGGACAAAAACAAUCGGCAUCCCUCACACAACAACACAAACUGGAGGACCCGAGCAGAAUAUUGUGUAUUCACGUCAUAUACUUUUCUCACCGAUACGGACGCCAACGAGGGAGAAAUGGUUUCUCCGGUAACAGUGGUGAAGAGUGAAGGCCUAAAGCUGGUGCCAUUCUUCAAGGCGACCUGUGUAUACUUUGUCCUGUGGCUGCCCGCUUCAAGCCCAUCCUGGUUCAGCGCACUGAUCAAAUGUCUACCCAUCUUCUGCCUCUGGGUGUUUUUAUUGGCUCAUGGGUUCAGCUUCCUAGGUGCACACUCCAGUGCCCGCAAGAUCUUGGCUGGCCUCAUCUUUUCUGCUCUGGGUGAUGCCUUUCUCAUCUGGCAGGAGCAGGGCUACUUUGUCCACGGCCUCCUGAUGUUUGCUAUCACCCACAUCCUCUACUCAUCUGCCUUUGGGAUGAAGCCCAUUAACGCGUCUGCCGGCCUGGUGAUCACUGCCGUGUCCUCUCUGAGCUACAUGCUGCUCUACCCCUACCUGGCCGGCCCCUUCACCUACCUGGUGGCCGUCUACGUCGCUCUGAUCGGUUUCAUGGGCUGGAGGGCCAUCGCAGGCCUGCAGCUGGCCAACGACCUUUGGACCUGGACCAAGCUGUCCGCAUGCCUGGGUUCAAUACUCUUCAUGGUCUCCGACCUCACCAUCGCUGUCAACAAGUUCUGCUUCCCCGUGCCCUAUUCGCGCGCCAUCAUCAUGGCCACCUACUACGCCGCCCAGAUGCUGAUAGCGCUGUCGGUCGUUGAGUGCCAGGACGCGGAGGUGGCCAGGAAGAGAACGUGAGAGGUGCCGCAGUGAACGCCGCGAGGCUGGGGAAGCGGCAGCUGCCCCCGCCUUCCCCUCUCCGGCCCCGAGUGAUCAUGGACACAUCUCACUGCCAGAUCCCCAACCCUCAUCUCAGUGUGGCGCUCUCACGGCAUUGUUACCAUGACGACUGGUUCACUACAGUCUCCACAUGGUUAUCACCCUGCUACCCAACUAGUAUGGUAGUCUCACACCUGUUUUCUUACCACCACUGUAGUAUUAGCUUCAGCCUCUCCCGACAACAGUCCUACCUGCCUUCGCCGAUCCUAGAAUGGAUGUCUCUCAACCUAGUUACCAUGGAGACACAUAGAGAGUAUUACCUUUUUAUGUUUUAAUUUAAGGGGACCAUGUCACUGGGGCCCUUCAAGGAGUGUGUGUGUGUGUGUGUGUGUUUGAUUGCCACUCUUUACCUCCCGUCACACACAGUCACCACACAUCAGCUCUUAGUGGUCCAACAACACAAUUUAACAUCAGAUUGUUGUCACUGCCUAAGACCUUGUUGAAAAGGGAUUUGUUUUGCUCAUGCUUGGCUUUUCACUCUCUGUUGCUCUGUUAAGUUAAGGGUCCUGCUCUUAAAGUCAGGAGCAUAUCCACACCUGCGUUAUUAUCUGCAGUCCCUUCCAUUUAAUUUACAACAACCACUAAACCUUUGUGUCAAAACAAAUCAAGCAGGGAAAGUUGACAGCAGUUGCCUAUGUCUAAAACUAUGAAGGGUAAAAAUCACUCAAAUGUGUGUAAAACUACAUACACAUCUAAAAAUAGCUGCCAAAAUGAGACCUUCAUUGUACACAUUCUCACAUACUGUACUUGUCUUUCAGGUGUUUUGCCUGCCAAGUCUUUUCUGAAACGUAGGUGCAGGCGAUGACGUGCUCACACACACCUGACACUGUUUUACUUAUUAGGAAAUGGGGUUCCUGUAGCUGGACUAGAGCAGCUGACCCAUGCUGUCAUUGGCCUGGGACCAUGUUACGGAGACGACUAUGUUACUGGCUGGAAUCUUUCUGUUAAUCAACUCUUUCUGGAGGCACGUCUGUGGGCACUAUACAAGUUAAUUUACCAUUUUACAUUGCUAUUAACAUACACAUCCCCCCCCCGGGGGAACCGACUUGUCAUGUGAGGGAACAGUUAUCCCAUUAUUCCCAAUAAUUCCUUCUCACAGGACAUUUCAUCAGUUUUAAUGCUGCAAAAUCCACUGCGGCUAAUCCUCGACAGGUCGGCUGAUACUUUGUCUUUCAUGGCUCAAGUUUUAAUUGCACCUAAUAUUAAGCAUUUUCAUUGGUGGACUAGCCUCCUCUUGACUAUACUCUCACCUCUUACCUAGUAUACAUCACUGGCAUUAUGAUUAAUACCACUAACAGUUUGUAUAUUGGAUGGAAAAUCUAUAUGAUCAGAAAUCUACACCGUAAAAGUACAAGUAUUAAUCGCUAACACAAAUAGCAAAGAGAUAGUUUUUGUUAAAGGGUUCAGUGCACAUGCACUUUAAUGUGAGAUAUUGUGGCGUAUAGUAAACAACCAGGCAUGGAAAAGAAACAGACCUAUGUUGUGGGUUCCUUCUUAAUGGUCAGUGAACCCUGGAGCCUUCGGUAACACACACGCCCAAAAAAUACCACACGCAUAAAAACAUUUUGAUGCAUCACAUCAGCCACCAUGGCAGAUCUGCAGGCAGACCGUGGUUUUGACACACACCCAGAUUUAUUUUUCAGUAGCAGCACACAGUCUUAGUUUGACCAGGAGACACUGAUCUCUGAUCCUGACCGCUGCUUUGCCCGACAGUUCCUCAACCUCCUUCUGGCCUGUCAGCAUGCUCGUCAGCACUGUAUUUCUGCUUCGUCAGUCCGAAGUGUACGCGGUCUUCAAUCAGGUUUUUAGUGAAGGAUGAGCAGAGAUGCUGGUUAACACGGCGAGUGUGCAGUCUGAAGUCAGACUACGGGGGAUAUGGUCAGAGUCAAGCCCUCUGACUCGUCCUCACUAUGUGGGCUAUCUAUGUAAGCACUUUGUUCCUCGUGGAUACAUGCCGGAAGACAGGCUUUACUUUGAAAUAUUUCUGAGAUUGUAUUUGUGUUAAUUAACCCCGCACCUUCGACGAUCUCCAUGACUUUGGAAAGUGAGGUUGGCUUUCCGAGAGCGAUAGAUGAGUGGUGGCCUGUAGAGCAAGAAGUCAGAUACCGUAUUGAGUCAGAAAGUUGGUUAUUGUUCAGUCGUUAUCUGGAGGAUUCAGUUGUAAUACUUCGUUCCUCCGCCAUCGUUUCUAUUUUUAUUUGACGUGGGCGCAGAUAAACAAAGCUGAAAGCAUAGUAGACGACUGAAGUCAUUUCACAUAGUUGAACGUGUUGCAUCAGAGCCCUCUCAAGUAUCAGACAACCCCUUGAUGGUGCAUUUGGCCCUCCAGUUAGGAAGGAGGUCAUUGUUGAGAGAUACUGUGAAAUAUGACACAUAGGGGAAGACUCCUUUUUCCACCCGGCGCAUUAGCUGCCAUCCUGCC